CUGUUUGAGGAAGCAGCCUCGGCCACGCUGCUGCUGUUUAUCGCUUACUGUUGAUAUCACAGUUUAAAACGGUUUAUAGCGGCAGAAAGCUACACAACCCUCAAUGAAUCAGUCUUAAGGUUUCUUUGUGACUGAACGCAGAGCGCUAAAGCGAUUUCUCACUGGGAGCCGGAAGGUUCCUUCGCCACAUCAGCCAUGAGUGAGCUGGAGAUGACCCUCCCUAUGAGCCAGGGGGAGGCCUUUGAGCAGUUCUGGAAUGAUGUGGGCUCUAACAUGGGAUUGAAUGAUCUGCUUGCAGAUCUGCCAAGAGCAGACAGUGAUGCCUGGCUCACAGCUGCCUUGCCCAAUGGCACCUUUAGUGAGACCUUUGAUCACCCGGAGCUCACAGAAGACACAGAGACUGCUGACGUAGCUGCUCCUAUCAUGGACAGUCUUCCUCCUCCAGCUGCAGUUGUACCUUCCACCAGUGACUAUCCAGGAGAAUAUGGCUUCCAGCUCCGCUUCAACCAGUCCAGCACAACUAAGUCUGUUACCUCAACGUAUUCCACAACUUUGAAUAAACUGUACUGCCAGCUGGCAAAGACUUGCCCAGUUGAUGUCCUGGUGGAGAAAGUUCCCCCUCAGGGAGCAGUGCUCAGGGCCACACCCAUUUAUAAGAAACCUGAGCACGUCUCAGAGGUGGUGCUCCGCUGCCCUCAUCACCAAAAUAUCGCUGAGAAUAAUGAAGGUGUGGCUCAUCGCAGCCACCUUAUUCGUAUGGAGGGGAUUCAGACAGCUCAGUAUCUAGAGGACACAAACACCAAGAGGCAGAGUGUUACCAUUCCCUAUGAGGCUCCUCAGCUGGGCUCAGAGGGAACCACCGUCUUGCUGAACUUCAUGUGCAACAGCAGCUGUAUGGGAGGCAUGAACCGCAGACCCAUUCUUAACAUAAUGACUCUUGAAACACACGAUGGACAGGUUUUAGGUCGACGUUCUUUCGAGGUUCGAGUGUGCGCCUGCCCUGGACGUGACCGCAAGUCUGAAGAGCAAAAUUUGAACAAAAAAACUUUGAAGACAGGAAUUAAGAGAAAGUCUCCAUGUAAGGAAUCUCUGCUCCCUCCUAAUGCAGAAUCCAGAAAGAAGUUAAAGAAUGAGUCCAGCUCUGAGCAGGAAAUCUUCAAUUUGCAGAUUCGUGGGAGAGAACGGUUCAAUAUGCUAAAAACAAUUAAUGACGGUUUGGAAUUAAUGGAUGCAAUGGCUGCCGAAGACGUGGACAAAUACAGACGGAAAAGUACCACGAAGAACAUGAAAAAGAGUGGAAAGGACCAUCAGCAGCCAAGCCGUGGGAAAAGGCUGCUUCAGAAAGAUGAGAAGACCGACACUGACUGAAAAUGAGCUCCUUUUUCUUAUUGUUCUGUAUUGUAUGAGCGUUUAUUUGUGUUUUCUGUUCAGCUUGUUCACUGCCUUAUUCAAACUUAAACACGGUUGACAAAUGAAAGGAGUAAGAAUACUUCCCGAAAAGCCUGAAUGUGGGUUGGUAUAGAUUGGAGCAAUUGAACAUCUUUGCCCAAAAUAAAUUAUGCUAUUGAUUUGCUUUGAGAUUUCACUCUAAAAAAGACAGGUGGACUUUAAUGCUAUCAAAAUAAGCUUCGCCCCAGAACAGCUUUAGUGUUUCCCUUUAAUUUGUCACCCUGUGCCUAUGUGCAGAAAGCAUUUUUUAAUACAUUUUGAUAAAAGUCUUUUGCAAUAAGUAAAAUAGAUUAAAAUUGCUCGAAUGGAGAAGCUUUUAUCACUGAGGCUUUGCUAUACAAAGCCUCCUAUUUGUUAUCAUGUGCUAGGUUUUUGACACCAGCUCUCAGGUCAGUUUUUGAAAAUACAGAUGUUGAGUAUUUUUCCAUGUAUUUCUAUUUUCUCUACUUUAAUCAUUCCAAAUAUAUUUUUACACGAUAGACUUUUUCUUUCUUUCUUUCUUUCUUUCUUUUUGUAUUCUGAUGUUUACAAAGUAGAGGUUUUUUUUUUUGCUGUAGAUUCUUGUUUAGUGAUAAACAUAGCUUGGCCUGACAAACUCAUUGCUAUGUUCACAUAUACAAACCUUAACAGCAGUUCAUGUUUCACUGCGCUUUUAUAUUUUGCUAAAUGAAAACUGCAUAUCAAGAAAACAAAUAAAGAAAUAAAAAAGUACA